CGCCACCCCCGUCCAAUUACGCGCAGCGCGAACCGGUCUGCUCUGCUUCUCUCUCUCGCACGCAAAACGAAAAUUCUCGAAGCCGCCAUAGCCAUUGCUCUGUCUCGACGAAACGCCACCGUCGUUGAAAGAGCUCGUUGUCUAUUUCUGUGAUCAAUCCUAGUGCUUUUUGGAUUCCGAAGAAUUAAGCCACUCAGCCAAAUCAAGACCAAACUAAUUUCGCUAUGUCGAUUCGGUACCUAUUGAGUUCUAGGGUUUGUUCUGUUUUUCUCGUCUGCUCCGUCUUCCUCAGCUGCUUUCCAGGAUUGGUUAUAUCGGGAUUUGUUACACUGGAAUUCAUGGAGAUUUUCAAAACCCACGAGUGGCUCCACGGAAAACCAACGGUUUAUUUCAUGUGUAAAGGGGAGAACAAGACGAUGCUGCCAGAUGUGAAGGAAGUGCAUGUCUUGUAUAGUUUCAAGGGUGAAGAGUCUUGGCAGCCUCUGACAGAUUUUUCAAGUAAAAAGUGCAAGCGGUGUGGGUUUUAUGAGGAGGAUAAGUUCAAAUCAGAUGACAAAUUUGAAGAGUGGGAAUUUUGUCCCAGUGACUUCAGUAUUCCUGAUGGGAAAUAUAUCCGAAUCAAGGACAAGGAAUUUAAUGCUACUUUUUUGUGUCCGGAGUGCGUUCCUUUUGCAAAUGCUUCCAAUUCUGCAUCUGACUCGCAUGACGGAGGAAAGGGAAUGCAUGUUGCUGUAAUCAUAUUGAUCAUUGCUGUGGUCUCAACUGUAUCCAUUCUCGGAGUAGUGGCUGCAUAUAAAUACUGGCAAAGGAGGAAGAGGGAACAUGAUCAGGCUCGGUUUCUGAAGUUGUUCGAAGACGGGGACGACAUUGAGGAUGAAUUGGGCCUUGGCAUUGUAAUAUGAUGAAUAAUAUAGCUUGGCUACCAUUUGUACAGUGAGUUGAUCUUACAUCAAUUUUGCAUAUGGAAAGAAGAAAAAAAAACAAAAAUUGUGGACUUCGUGACAGUCUCACAGUGCAAAUGAGAAAAAAAGUGUAUUCUUAAGUGAGAGAUGUAUGCCAUUGUAAAAAUAAUAAGCAUCUCCCUUCCACGGAUUUACAUA